GGGAUGGGAGGCCUGGCCCACAUUGACGGCGAGCACAUUGUGGUGUCGGUGCCGGAGGCCGUGAUGGUGUCGGAUGAGGGCAUCAUGCUGGAGGCUGAGGUGGUGGAGGGGCCCGACAUCUGUCAUGAGGACGUCCUCACCACCGAGGGCGUGAUCAUGGCCGAGGUGGCCAUCCAAGAGGCUCUGGGCGGCACGGCUGACCUGAUCGAGGAGACGGUGCCCGAUCAGGUGUUUGUGGCUGAGCUCAUGUCUCCUCACGAUCAGAGCCCGCUGGACCACGAGCUGGUGUCCGCAGAGGUCAUGGUGACGGACACUGAGACGGUCAUCCAGGCGUCUGACGUCACCAUUAAAGCAGUCGAUGAGGAGGAGGAGGAGGAUGCGAAGAGCACUUCGGAGGACUACCUCAUGAUUUCCUUGGAUGAGGUUGGGGAAAAGCUAGACAUUGGAGACGCACCUUUAAAGAUCACCGCAGAUGUGGGCCAGGAAGACGAUGGCUCGAAAGAGGAUGAGUUCAGCUCGGAGGUCAUUAAAGUUUACAUCUUUAAGGCAGAUGGAGAUGAAGAUGUGGAAAUAGGCAGCACAGAGGUGGUGGCAGAGAGUGAUUUUCCCAACGGGCACAUGGUGCUGGAGCCGGCGGGUUCAGGCAGGCUGCCCAGAGAGAAGAUGGUCUACAUGGCUGUAAAGGACGUCAGCCAAGGAGAGGAGGAUAUCAACUGUUCGGAGAUGACUGACCAGGUGUAUAUGGAGGUCAUAGUUGGGGAGGAAGAAGCUCCUGCUAUGACUGAAGCGCAGCUGGAGGACACACCGGUUAACAAGACCUUUGUUCCUGCCACCUGGGCGACUGCUUAUGGAAGCAGUUUUGAAUGUAAGAAUGGUGCAGCCACUCCCUACCUACAGAUCACUGACAGCAUCAGCACAAGCCGAGCACUUAAACAAAAGAUCAAGAAGAAGAGGAGAGGAGAGACACGCCAGUGCCAGACAGCUGUGAUCAUCGGUCCUGACGGGCAGCCCCUGACCGUCUACCCCUGCCACAUCUGCGGCAAGAAGUUCAAAUCACGUGGUUUCCUGAAGCGCCACAUGAAGAAUCACCCGGACCACAUGUUCAAGAAGAAGUACCAGUGCACCGACUGCGACUUCACCACCAACAAGAAGGUGAGUUUCCACAACCACCUGGAGAGCCACAAGCUGAUCAUCAAGAGCGAGAAGAUCCCGGAGUACACAGAGUACACGCGGCGCUAUCACGAGGCCAGCCCGCUCAACUCCAACAAGCUCAUCCUGCGUGACAAAGAGCCCAAGCUGCACAAGUGCAAGUACUGCGAGUACGAGACGGCCGAGCAGGGCCUCCUCAACCGCCACCUGCUGGCUGUGCACAGCAAAAACUUUGCGCACGUCUGCGUCGAGUGCGCCAAGGGCUUCCGGCACCCGUCGGAGCUCAAGAAACACAUGCGGACGCACACGGGCGAGAAGCCCUACCAUUGCCAGCACUGCGACUUCAGCUGUGCCGACCAGUCCAACCUAAAGACUCACAUAAAGAGCAAACACGGCACUGACCUGCCCUUCAAGUGUGGCCACUGCCCGCAAGCCUUCGCCGAGGACAAGGAGCUCCAGAGACACACGGAGAUCUUCCAGGGCCAUAAGACUCACCAGUGUCCGCACUGCGAACACAAAAGCACCAACUCCAGCGACCUGAAGCGUCACGUCAUCUCGGUGCACACCAAAGACUUCCCGCACAAGUGCGACGUCUGCGAGAAGGGCUUCCACAGACCCUCCGAACUGAAGAAGCACGCCGAAACACACAAGGGGAAUAAAGUGCACCAGUGCCGGCACUGCGAUUUUAAGACGUCAGACCCCUUCACGCUGAGCCGCCACAUUCUGUCCGUUCACACCAAGGACUUGCCGUUUAAGUGCAAGCGCUGCAAGCGUGGAUUCAGGCAUCAGAACGAACUUAAGAAGCACAUGAAGACUCACAGCGGUCGCAAGGUCUAUCAGUGCCAAUUUUGCGAGUACAACACUACGGACGCUUCGGGUUUCAAACGGCACGUCAUAUCCAUCCACACUAAAGACUAUCCGCACAGGUGUGACUAUUGCAAGAAGGGUUUCCGUCGGCCGUCGGAAAAGAAUCAACACAUAAUGCGGCAUCACAAAGAAACCCUGCUAUAACGCUCUUUCUUUCUGCUCCACAGCUACACGUCUCAUUUAUGGCCCUCUUAUUUAAUGCAAUGGUUCUCAACUCCAGUCCUCGGGACCCACUGCUCUGCACAU